ACUAAUGUCAAAAAUCAGAGGAAACGAAGCGAAUGUCAAAUCGAACUUUUCAGAUUUCUUGUUGACUGUUAAAGAUAAUUUUCUGAUAAUUUAAUUCAAUGAUUUUGUGACUCAAAAUUGGAGGAUAUUAAGUUUAAAAAUGGUUCUUUCGAAAAGUACUGUGUGGAUUUUAUGUGUUAUAUUACUAGUAUCGAUCUUUAUGGCGAAUUUGUUAAAUAUAAUUGCUACGGACCAUAAUUUUUAUAUUGAAAAUGAAAAUGAAGGCAUAAACUUUACCAAGUAUUUAGGUGAGAAGUAUGGAAAAAUAACAGAUACUACUGAGAAAUUAAUUUGGUUUCUUCAGAUUUCAGAUAUACACAUCAGUAUUUUUCGAGAUCCUGGCAGGAUAUCACAGUUUCAACAGUUUUGUGACAAUACAGUGAAGAUAAUUAACCCUGCCAUUGUUUUGGCUACGGGCGACUUGACCGAUGCUAAGGCCAAAGAUAACUUGGGCAGUUCCCAAGUGAAGAAAGAAUGGAUAUACUAUCAUAACAUAGUGAAGGAGUCAGGAGUCACUGAAACUACUGUCUGGUUAGACAUAAGAGGAAAUCAUGAUAACUUUAACAUCAGAACAAUAAAUGAUCAGGAGAAUUAUUUCCGGAACUAUUCUGUCCAAGGCCUAGAGCAUGCUAAAUCUUAUGUGCAUUUUCAAGACACAAAUGGUGUAAAUGUAGCAUUUUUGGGUAUAGAUGCAUGCCCAGAUCCAGGACUUAGGAGACCAUUUAAUUUUAUUGGCAUUCUCGAUGCUACAGAGCAGCAGACCGUACAAAAGCUAAAAGCAGAAGCUGAAAGCAAGGCUGAUCAUAUUGUUUGGUUUGGACACUACCCUACCUCAUGUAUAUUAUCUUUAGAGCAUGAAGGCCAAAAACUAGACUUGCGCCAGCUCAUUGGCAGUAGUUUUGGUUCACAUGUGUAUGUUUGUGGGCACUUACAUUCCAUGGGAGGUUUGGUACCAAGAAUGUACACAAAACAGAAGAAAGGUUAUUUAGAGCUUGAGUUAGGAGAUUGGAAAGACAACAGAAUGUACAGAUUGGCAGCUAUAGAUCAUGGGAUUUUCUCAUUUGUUGAUCAAAAGCACAAUGUCUGGCCCCUUGUGCUGGUCACAAAUCCUAAGCAUGCCAGGUACACCAUGCCUGGUAGAGAACCCUUACACUUAAUACCUGACUCAUCCCACAUAAGAAUACUUGCAUUUAGUGAUGUUGAUGUUAAGACUGUUCAAAUUUCCUUUGAUCAAAUCAGUUGGAUGGCAUGCAGGCACACCCAAGGACCACUUUAUGUUUGUCAAUGGCUGCCUCACUUGUUUAAAAAGGGUAUUAGCUAUUUGUAUGUGAAAGUUAAAGAUGAAUUAGAAAAAGAGGCUUUUGUAGAACAUCCAUUUACACUGGAUGGUAGUGUUAUGAGUUUUGAAAUAUCACCCAGAAUUUUGCUCAUGUUGGAUGCUGGUGUGGUGUUUCAGGCAAUCUUCGCAACCCUUCUAAUGGCAAAUGUUUUACCGCUGGUAAUUUUAAGAAUGCAAAAGUUUCCUCCAAGAUACAGAAGAAGAUUUGGCAGACAUGUAUUGAGAAGACUUUGGCUAUUGAGUAAAAUUGAUAGAAUAUUUUAUCCAAUUGUAUUGUAUGCAGUUUACAUUCCCUUUGGACCUUGGGCUAUUGGAGAGUUGAUAGAUGGCUAUGUAGGAGCCAUUUUCGCGUGGGGCAUUCUGAUAAAGGGUGCAUUUUUGCCUGAACCCUUUACGUAUAUGUAUGGAAGCGUGCAGCUAAUGUUUGUGCAAAUACCCUUAGUAUUUGUAUUAGCCCACUGUUUAGACCAUCGUCUAUUUGGGCAUAACGUGAGGGGAAUUCGACGGCUGAUAAAGAAUUUGCCAUUCGUUUUCCUAUUGUCAAUACAGUUGUUAUUGGCAUACUUCUUCUGGCUAGAGUAUGGAACAAUGUCCUUUAUAUUUGGACCACUAAGGACGUGGAGUAUUGCUUUAAGCAUAUUAUUGUGGUAUAAGACACUGAAUUUACCUGUAGAGUAUUGCAGAAACUUGACAAAGAUGACAGAAGUACCAUCAUAGUACAGUUGUAAGAGUAUUAACAUUUUGCACAAAAUGUACAGCGCUUGAAUAUGUGUUAGGUGUUGAAAGUAGAAGCUUUUCAUGUGCGCCAAAGUAGUCUUGGCUUCCGUGGAGGUGAUACUUUAUGAACAUGUAUGUUUAUAAUGAAUAAAGCGAUUAAUUAUAUUAUAGUCGGCAGAAUAAUUUUCAGAAAUUGUAAAACAUAUUUGAUGAAUGAAGAAUAGAAUAUUUGCACCAAAGAUAGCUUUACAACAUUUCUCUGGUUGUAGAUUUUACCUUUUAUAAACCCGAAUAAUCGGGUUACUGAUUUUAUCUGCAUUUCUAUCUACAAAAGUAUUUUAUAAUCGUAAACAUACAGCUUAUGAACUAAAUACACUUUAAUUAUAUUGUUGUAAUAUUAUGUAUUUUUACGGCAUAUUAUUAUUUUAUUCUAUUUUGUUUGCAUAUGAACGAUGUUUAUAUAAUUUAUUGAUUUGCAAAGAGUAAAGUUUAAUUUAAUAGAUGUAUAUCUUAACCAGUGAUCCCUAGUCUGACAACUGAAAGUUUUAGUUUUUAGCAUUUAUUGUAAAUUAAUUGAAUUUAGAAUUUAAAUGUAAUAUAGGGGGAGGCCUAUGUUCAGCAGUGGACGUCCUAUGGCUGAGAUGAUGAUGAUGAUGAAUUGAAUUUUGUUUUAAACCGUAUUGUAAUAUGACUAAACAUAAUAAUUCAUUCAGUAUAAAAUUAAAAAUACAGUUUAAUCAAUGUGAUUAAAAAUGCGAGGCUCCCAUUUUUGUAUUAAGUAUUUGACUCUUUUAAAUUUUGACCAAGAUGUUAAGUUAUUUUUACUUUUGAAGGCAUAUCUUAUCGAUCAGGAUUCAGUAGAGAUAACUCAAUGGUGCUUCAUAUUGUACAGGAAAUACUAAAACAAAUUGAAAUAAAACCAUGUUGUAUAAAAGUAAAAAAAUAUAUUGAAAUAUUCAUCACAUUCACCUAAGACCUAAGAACCUAUAUACAAUAUUUAUGCAGUAUAUAGAUAUGUACAAUUAGUUUUAUUGCUUAGAUCUUAAAGGCUGUUAACUUAUUUUUAGUCCCGUAUAAAGCUUGUGUAUAUAACGGUAAUUAAACAUUUAUUUUAGCAAAUACAAUGCAAAACCUUGAAGACUUUUAAUUUUACUUAGAUAUCGUAAACAUAUACAGAU